AAUUGGCGAAUUGGCAAUCAACCAAACCAAUUGAAGUGGGUAUUAGACAUGGCCGCGUGAUCCCGACCGAGGACCGGUGUUUCUCUCAACGUCCUUGGACUUCCCCCCUACUCUCUUCUCUGUCUCUGUGUCUGUAAACUCUCCGACUGUGAUCUCCGAUCAGAAAUAUAUUUGGUAGGACGAUGAAUUUUCUGCUGCGGCCUGCUCAGACAGCAGCAGCAGCAGCAGCAGAGCAACCGUCUGUUUCUUCCGAGUAUCAGACAGAUGCCAACUAUGUUUCAAGGAAUGUAACAACGUUGGAAGGUCUUAUAGCCGAAGAUUCAUUUUCGGAGAAUUCGAUGAUGGGUGAAGAUCAUGGGGAAGGUGGUGCUGAUGGAAUUGGGGCUGAAAAUGGAAGUGUAAUGGGCUCGAGUUCCAAGGGUGAUUCCUCCAUUGUAGAGAAUUACAUUGAUGUUGCUGAAGAUGAAGGAUGGAUAACUAUUCCAUAUAAGAAACUUCCUGAUAAUUGGAGUGAAGCGUCAGAUAUACUUUCAUUUCGUUCUCUGGACCGCUUCUUUGUUUUUCCUGGUGAACAAGUCCAUGUCUUGGCAUGCUUGUCUGCAUAUAAGCAGGAUACAGAAAUUAUCACACCAUUCAAAGUUGCUGAGGUAAUGAGUAAAAAUGGCAUUGGAAAAAACACAAAGAAACAAAACGGAAACAUUGGAUAUGAAACUGAUACUGUUUCUGAAAGUGUGGAAGUGAGUCCAGAUAGUCAUGACGUAGAUCAGAAUGGUGAAAACAUUUUAAAAGAGAAGAUUGGUCCACAAAAGGAUAUUUCUGCUGGUGAAUCUCUUCUUAGAAUGGAAGAUCACAAAAGACAAACUCAAAAAUUGUUGCAAAGAUUUGAGAAUUCCCACUUCUUUGUUCGGAUUUCAGAGUCAGAUGAGCCACUUUGGUCUAAAAGAAGUUCUUCAGAACAAUCUCUAGAAUCUUCUGAGAUGGUUGCUGAGAUGUUCACUGCAGAUAGUGCAGGAACUAGAAAAACUUCAAAUAGCAGGGGCUCCCUAAAUGCGGUGAUUGAUCGAGGAAGUUUUGAUGCUAGUGUCUCUGGUGGAUUGGCAAGAGAUGCGGUUAAGUGUUGCUCUCUUUCUAAUGGAGACAUAAUGGUACUUUUACAGGUAAAUGUUGGUGUUGAUUUCAUGAGAGACCCCAUUCUGGAAAUUUUUCAGUUUGAGAAAUAUCAGGAUCGAAAUUUGACUAAUGCGACCCAAGACUACUUAGUUCAUAAAAAUCAGGACCCUUGUGGAGAACUGUUGAGGUGGUUGCUCCCAUUGGAUAAUUCUUUUCUCCCUCCAUCUCGGCCUUUAUCUCCUCCAACAUUGAAUUCCAAUUCAUCUAUUCGUAGCUCAUCAACAAAGGCAAACUUUUCUGCUUCAUCUGGCUCUCAGCUCUUUUCUUUUAGUCACUUUAGAAGUUAUUCCAUGUCUUCACUUCCUCCAAAUACUGCACCACCUCCACCUGUUCCAACCCCCAGUUCUAGACCAAAUGUUGACCUAGAAGAUUGGGAUCAGUACUCUUCUCAGAAGUUUGUAAAGAGUAAAAAGCCUGGGAAUGAAGGGCUUUUAUCCUUCCGAGGCGUAUCACUAGAGCCAGACAGGUUUUCUGUUCGAUGCGGAUUGGAAGGCAUUUACAUACCCGGAAGAAGGUGGAGGAGGAAAAUUGAAAUUAUUCAACCUAUAGAAAUCCAUUCUUUUGCAGCUGAUUGCAAUACAGAUGACCUUCUUUGUGUGCAGAUAAAGAAUGUCUCUCCUGCCCAUGCACCAGAUAUUGUGGUAUAUUUGGAUGCCAUAACAAUUGUUUUCGAGGAGGUGUCUAAAGGCGGAACACCUUUUUCAUUACCAAUUGCAUGUAUUGAAGCUGGGAAUGGCCACAGCUUGCCAAAUCUUGCCCUCAGGAGAGGUGAAGAACACUCUUUUAUUCUCAAACCAGCAACCUCAAUGUUGAAGAAUACAAAGGUUCACGGAGAAAGAAGUUCUCAGUCAUUGCAUUCGCAGGCUGGAUCAAGUCUGUGUAUUCCGACCAAUUCCUCUGCUGAUCAGUAUGCUGUUCUAGUAUCAUGUCGCUGCAACUAUACUGAAUCAAAAUUGUUCUUCAAGCAGAGAACAAGCUGGCGACCACGCAUUUCAAGGCAUCUUAUGAUCUCUGUUGCAUCUGAAAUGUCAAGCCAAAAUCCUAGUCCGAAUGGAAGAGUCCCUCAGCUGCCUGUUCAGGUGUUAACUCUUCAGGCUUCCAAUUUAAUGUCUGAAGAUCUAACAUUAACAGUACUUGCUCCAGCGUCAUUUACUUCACCUCCCUCUGUGUUGUCCUUGAAUUCUGCUCCCUCGACACCAAUGAGCCCAUUUGUUGGUCAUUUUGAGUCCUCAGGAAAAGGGAGUGGUGAAAGACGAAUUUCUUCAAUGCUGAAUGUGAGCUCAGCAUCUCUUGCUUCAGAAAACCAGAGACAGAGUGGAGAUGGUGGACCUCGAACUGCUGCCUUCAAUGAGCAAGCCAUUCCCAUCUCUGAUGUCCUUCCAAGUACUGAUUUGGGUUGUACACAUUUAUGGUUGCAAAGUAGAGUUCCACUGGGAUGUGUUCCUUCUCAAUCCACGGCUACUGUCAAGCUCGAACUUCUACCAUUGACUGAUGGGAUUAUUACACUUGAUUCUUUACAGAUUGAUGUUAAGGAGAAAGGCAUGACUUAUAUCCCUGAGCACUCACUGAAGAUAAAUGCAACGUCCAGCAUUGCCACUGGGAUUAUGUAGGAAGGUUAUUUGCAAGUUCCAUUUCUUUGGCUUCUCUCCUCUAGCAGGGAAAGAUAAAUCAAAUUGCUUCUUCUUAUAUAGUAUUGCAACAAGUAAAUGGCACACUAUUUUAAAAUGUGAAUCGAGGUAUACGCCUUUUCUCCCUUCCUGAGCAGCGUGCAAUUUAUCAUUGUCAAUUUGUUUCAAUAGAAAACCUUAUAGCUGGUUUUUGCAACACAUGAUCUGGGGAUUGUAUUUGUUGUAUGCCCUUUGAACUGGAAAAUCAAAAUGUGUACCGUUUGUUAGAUGAAUUGUGUCCAAUAUCAUGCUCCACUUUUCAAAUC